AUGCAGGACAACUUCCAUCAGAGUCACCAUCACGGACAGCUGAUCCCGAUGCCUCAGCCGCCCCAGGACAGGGAGCCCUGCGUCAGCGUGCCCUGUGACGUGUGUGUGUGUGUGUGCGCACGCACGCGCGUGCAGCAGCGUCCUGAAGGUGAGCAAAGCAGGCCUCCCGUUGUGCGUGCGUCCAGCCCCGUGACUGCUCCUCACAUCAAGCUGCUGCCUCUGUGCCCAGACCGGCUCCUCCUGGGCCCCCUCGUGACUGCAGCCUCCUCGGGACCUCUCCUGCCUGGAAGAGGCACUUGGCGGGGCUUUCAGCCACACCGGCCCCCUCCCUCUGGGGUCAGCCCCUUGGGUUUGUAA